CAACAAACCAUCACAUGAGCUGCUGUGACCCUCUGCAAAGAGAGGUGGUCAUGAGGCCUGAUGAGCUCAUAUCGGUGAGCCUAAAAUUAUCUCUAAACUGUGGACUCACGGUGUGUUUGGGGCCAAUCUGCAGAAUAACGUGCUGACUAAGCUUCUGUCUGACAAACAUGACCCAUAUGUGUGAUUGGUUUUUCUUCUUCCCUGGAGUUGUCAGAUCAGAGGAGAAUCACAGCACAAAAACACAUAAAUAAAUCUGUCUGGAAUGGGUGUGUCUACACAAAGAGAAAGGAAGUGACAAAUGACAGAAGAAGAGCUGGAACAGCGCUGAGAAGCAGAGAGCCUCCACACAUGCUGAAAAGUUUCUACCUUCAGCAGGAACUCCUUCCCAGCUGUGCGGAUCUCAAACUGACCCUCCUCUCCCUCCACAUCGUAGCUGAAACACGCGUCCCCGAUCUCGAUGUGCCCGAGUGGCAGCGCGUCCUGCUGCGUCUUGAAGUAAUAUAAGUAACAUUUCCUCGGAUCAUACACGAACCACCUCGGCUUGUACCCCCUUAGCGGCCCCUUGCCGGACAGUUUGUUCAAGAACCCGCACAGCCUGGAGGCCUGCUCCUUCGCCCCCUCCACCUCCGCCACAUCCACGGACCUGGAGGUCACGAUCCGAGCAGCCGAAAAUGAGGAGUUCGCGUCGCUGCCAUCCUCCUCUUCGUGCAUCUUUCCUCGAAGUUUCUUCUUCGUGCAGCAGCGCAGCGGAUGCCCACUCCUGUUUCCAUCCGCAUGACCAUACUGCCUGCCCAUUAGAGCGGAGGAGCAUGGGAAAUGUAGUGACUUCAGACGUCGACGUGUCCUGUCUGAGAGUAAGCGGGAUUGCCACUGGGUGGUGCUGUUUGAGCAGAUGUGAUAGAAAACUGCAGGCGAUGGGGAAAUAUUUUGAUAACCGAAAACCAGGACAGUCUGUAGACAAUGAGCUAAUUUAAUGAUACUCAAAGUUUACUCAAAGAUGCCUUAUAAUUUUAAUAUAUUUAAAGUAGCCAUAGCUCCUCUGUAUGGAUAGAAAAUUGUUAUAUUACCAAAUAGCUGCUGUACAGUGGCCGAGAACCACCUCUGCUGCAAAUAGAUUAAAAAAAAAAGUCACAAUGGAAGUUACAAAUGCUAAAAGAAGAAUCCCAAACCCGUUGCAAAUAAAAUUUAAAAAAAGAAACAGUGCAGAUAAAAAAAAAAAAACCUACGACAGAAGUUAACGACACCAAAAAAAGUGGAGAUAGAAAAAAAAAAGUUACUUACUGCAAAAAAUAAAAGGGUGCAAAUAGAAAAAGCCACAAUUGAAGUGAGCUGCCGGGGACCAAUAAUGACGAUGCACCUGGUCCCCAGCAGCUUGCUUCCGUUGUGGCUUUUUAAUUAUUAUUUUUUUUGCAUCCUUUUGUUGUUGUUAACUUCCAUUGUGCCUUUUUUUCUACACAGUCUCUUUUUUUAUUUGCAGGAGGCUUUGGUGUCUUUUAUUUUUGCAUUAGUAACUACCGUUGUGACUUCUUUUUUUUUUUGCAUUCUUUUUUAUUUGCAGCAGUGGCAGUUCUCGGCCACCAUACUUACUCAACAUGUUUAACAUAAUAGUUCUCAAAAAUUUACAAAAACUAAAUAAAAAAAAAUAUCCAUAUCUUUUGUUUUCUUCUUCAUCCUAACAGCCUAAUGAAAACCAGAGGAUUUUUAUCAACCAGGACGGCCAGGACAGGACGUAAAAAUGGGACAAAUCCAUGGGAAAACAGGAUGUUUGGACACCCUGGCAGAAGACAUGCAGGGUGAGGAGAAAAUACUAACAAAGUUACCAAAAAAGGCAAAAAGAUUGGAAAAGUUCUGGUGUUUCAAUCAAGACUUGCUAAAAAAUAAAUCAACAUGGCAGCAACAAACAAAAGUCUUAUGUGGAACUUUUGAUUGGGGUCGAAUUUGGUGACCCCUCAUAAAAAAGUGGUGAUCCUAAACAUAAGUUGGUGGCAUUUUCCACUCAAAAAAAUCUGAUUCUGCUGUGCCCAUGUUACCAAAGUGUUCUGAAACUUACUCUGAAAUCUUUGAAUUUUUGGUUUGUUUGGGAAAAUGCAAAUAGGCCCUGAAGGACGGUGUGCAAUUAGAUUUGUCCACAGGUGAGAAAAACAACUACAGAAAUAAUCCAAGGCUCACAAUCUUGUCUGUUUUUUAAUAGCAUGGUAAAAACACUAUGAUUCAACGAUCAAUUAAACUCCCAGGGGAACCAGAAGCUAUAGGCUAACUGCUGCAGAAGGGGUCAAUGCUACCAUGUAAUUUUAUGAUACUCAAACCCAAACACUAAUGUUGGUGUAACUGUAGUCUACACUCUUUGAAGAAAAAGAAAAUCAGCUCUUAAUUUUGCUGUCAGAAAAGUAACUUCUUAGGACUAUUUUCAAAUACAACACAGGCUACAAAUUCUUCCUGAUAUCCUCUAUGGUCUAAAUUUAUUUCAAAAUGUGAGUUAAAUGAUAAUGAAUAACAGCAUUUGCAUUUCAAUCAUUGAGGGACAUUGUACGAUUUAUUCCAUAUAUCACUUUUGUCUGGCUGUCUCAUGACAAAUGUCAUUACUUGAUGUUGACAUGCUCUUGAAUAUACCUCAGUGUGACCCACACAGUAGGCUAAGGUUCGUGGACUGGAACUCAUUUUGGAGCUGCAGUCCUGAACAUGCUGUUCAAAGUGCUUUGAGCGGCUGUAGACAUGAACAUGCUGUGAUAUGAUAGACAGUAAACGGCUGGUCAAACACGUGUUAUUUUCCCCUUCUUGUGAAAUGAUUACAACAUAGUGAACAGAGGAUAGGUGACACCCGUGUAACAGUGGGUGGUUCCAUAUUCACCCAUUCACACCACAUUUGUACACUGGUGGCAGGGGCUGCUAUCUAAAGCGCCCACUGUUACAACUUAUCUCGAGUGUGACCCAAAGAGGUUUGACGCUGACGUGAUGACAUUUGAACAACAUCAACCAACCUCUGACCUUUAAAGACCAACAUCCCCUCGCAGACAUGAAUCAAAGUACGAAAAUAAUCUCAAAGAUCCUUCCUGUCUGAUCACUUUAAUAUUACUCUGCUCCAUCUAACUAUCACAUCACAGCAGUAAAGAUAACGCCCAUCUCUGAGUUGAGUGUCACACUGUUCGAUUUUACAUAUAUGAUAGUAGAUGGUCAGGUUUGGAACAGUUUAUGACAUUUGACCUGAACCUUUCAGACACCCACAGAGGAGCACAGAAUGACUCACAAAGACAUCUAAAAACCAACAGGCAACACAGUCGAGACAGUUUUCGAAUAGGCGCCCAUGUUACCAAAGUGUCGUGUUAAGGUUUAAAACUAGUGCCUAAAACGGUGUCUGCUGUCUUUUGUCUUUGGACACACAGCAAACUGUUCAUGUUCAUUUAGCUUAUUCAAAACUUGCAAACAAUGCAGCAUUAACUUACUUCUUAUUGAGUUUUGUUGUAGACAGAGUUUAAAAAUGUAGCUGGAAAUAAAAUUUCCAGACAGUUUUGGAAUUGUUUGCUCUAUUUUUUAUAUUGAUUUCAAGAUAUAACCACUGUUUGUUUGAAUCCACGAUUUCUUUUAAUGGGCUGAAUAAAAGGUCUUAGGUUGGCCAAGCAAUAUAUCUGUCCAGCUUUGAAAGGGCAUAGUCCACUUGUUUUUAUUUUAUGUCUUAUUGUCUCAAUUGUCAAAUGUCAUACUAUUUUUUUGCAUUUUUGAUCUAAUACUUUAAAUAAAAAAUUUAAAUCAACUUUGUAAAGUUAUUAGCUGGUUAAGAAACACAUUAAAAUUUCCAGUAAUGCCACAAAAAUAAACAAGGCUGACAUCUCUUUACUGUAAGUUUCAAUGUGUGAAACCUCUGCUAGGGGCAAGUUUUCACGCCACAUGAAUGACAGCUGACUGAAUGAGAAAACCUGUUACCACAGCAAAGAUUUACAGUGAAUGAUAAAUGUGAUUGUCAAAAGAACAGAACAAAGUCAGCAAAAGAUAAGAAAUAUUUUUAAUCCAUCAAGGGUGCUCAAAUAAACAGAAACCAGUUCUUUACAGGAGCUUUAAUAAACGCUUAUAUUUUUUUCAAAGAGAGGUGCAAAAAAACACAAUAUCAUAGGUUUGAAUCAUCAACAAUGCAGAAUACAACAGUAAAAGGAUGGUACAAAGAGUUAAUACCUUAAUAAGUAAAAUAAAAUACAAUAGAAAAUAUGGAGGCACUGUUCCCGGUUGACAAUUGGAGAUAGUGAUAAAGUUGAGGGAUCCGAAUAAGGGUUAACCACAAAACUAAAACAUAUAAGCAGAAAAGGCAGAAACUAGUUUGUUGUGUUAACACGAAGACAUUACAUUUGGUGGGAAAAAAUCGUUUGAUUUGUCCGUUGAACGUGAUAAACUAUUUUGUAAAGCAUUAGAUGAUGCUGGCACAGGAAGGAGUCACAGGUUUCCCCUGAUUUGUCUCCGCGUAGGUCAAGUUCCCCCGAAGAGGGGUGCUGCCCCUGAGAGAUUUUACCGUUCACUGUAAAAAGUCCCAAACUUGCUGUGAACAAAACAAAUGACUUUUGCCAAGAUUGAAUUUACUAGUGCAGUUGUUAAAAUGAAGGAAAGACAUCCUCUGAAGCACCAAAUCCCCCAAACUCCCCAAAUUCUGCCAGUCUUAAAAAAUGUCAUAAAAUGAAGUAUUUUAAGAGAGACUGAACACGUAAAUGUAUUUAGAGGGUUAGGGUUAAGAAAAGCCAGCUGAAGGAUUUUUUUUUUCUCAAAUUUUUCUAAAAACUUCAACCUAACAUUGACUUUUUUAUGUGUUGAUGUCAAGCUCAUUUUUAUGUCAAAUAACUUGGGGCGCUGAUAUCCUUUUACUGUUAUUUUUCUUAAACCUUAACAUGAUUUUUCUACCCGACCGAAAGUCAGUGUCUGCUAUGUAUAAGGUUGAUUUGCAGCCAGUAUUUUAAUAUGGCGUACUUUUGAACUAUAACCAAACAUCUGUACAACACAGGAGUAUAACGAUUUUGCAUUGACAUCUAUUGCCUGCUGGGAAAUGUUUCUGUCAUGAGACUAACAGUAUUGAGGUAUUUCACAGAGUGGGGACAAACAAGAGUGGGUCGUCUGAAAUUCAUGGCUCAUCUUGGUCUGUAUGACACAGAAAAUUUCGGGUCGCCAUCUGUCCCCCAGAAUGGAGUUCCUACUGCUCACCAAAACCAGUCAUGGUGAUUCAUAACAACCUCUCAUCCAUGAGGGGGGGGGAGAGUUCGCCAGUGAAAACUUUCAAAACAAAGCCGGGAACUAUGACACUGUAUCACAGUCGUGGAUCUCCUAAAUAUUUCCGCUCUUUCCCCCAAUCGGUGACAAACUCAGCCAUGAUCCAGAUCAGAAACACAGACGAUCAACUGUUGACGCAACUAAUCCCCACUUACGACCAUACUCAGACAGUCUGUGGGUGAAACAUCUCUUGCACUUGUGCACACACACAGACCACAGUUUCUGUACAGCUUACUUUCCGUUUCUCUUCAGGAAACUCUCUGCUUUGUUCUGCGCUCUGAGCCGUUUCUCUCAUGCAAAUGACUUAUUUGAACUCUGCUGUGCCGUUGCCUCAGCACCGAUGCUUUCCAAGCUGGUGGAAAGAAGUGUGUAAUUGUAAAUGUCAUGUGUCUAUAUCUCCCAUGUAAAGCCCAACUCUCUCAGAAGAACUUCAGUUAGAGGUAAAAGACUCUCUGGAGGUUGAGGGACACAUUUUAAUGUCUUCUGAAAUGACACCAGGUUCAAAUCAAAGCCUGCCAAUCUCAAGGAAAGGUAUGCACUCCUCUCAGCACAAAAUCUUAACUGUUCAAGUUUGUAUUUAUGUCAAAAUUAAGUCUCAGCAAUUGAAAUUUAAUUCUUUAUUUUUUGUUUCACAGGGAUUGACAGGAAUUGCUGCAAGCUGAACAAAUAUAAACCAAAAUCUGAAAGGAUCUGCCACUUCUCAGGGUCGAAAACAAAGGAACAGAAAGUUAAAAAAUCUCCACGCCUCAGGACUUGUAUGGCAUUUUGCUUUAAGGUAAGUGACAUUAUAACUGAGUCUUUUCUGCUUCAAUUACUCACUUAAGAACCAUGUGUCUGGACUCAGAUUUAAUGCUUUGUCUUGCAUCUUUACAAGAUGAGAGAAGGAGUCAUUAUAAAGGAGUCUUUAUACUGAAUGUCAGUCUUGUGGGGUGAAAAGUAUUUUAAGGCCAGAAUGAGUUUUGGAUGUUGUGGAUUCUCACCUAUUUUAAAAAGCAUGUAAAAUUGACCACUUAACUUAUUUAACAGCAAAGAUUUUAAUGUCAAGUACACAUGUGAAUUUGAAACUUUUUUCCUUCAGUGUCUGUAAAACACCAAAAUUUGAAGAACACAGAGCUAUUUGUAGUCUCAGGUUGACGCCUCCUGGAAAAUAAGCAAAUCAGACGAUCAAAAGCCUCCCUGUAACUGUGACAUUAAUGCUGGUUGUCUUCAUUGGCCGUCUGUGUGCUUUUAACUAGGACCGGGUGAGGAUGGAGCACAGGGGACCAGCUGUGGAUUCAUACUCUGACAGGACUGACGGGAGACUCAGGGAACUGGCUUCAAAAUGGUUCAUAGAGACUCAAAUGCCGUUCAUCGUUCACAACGGGUUCUUCCCCUCUUGGUUCCUGGGUUUUAUCACAAGAAAGUAAGAGUUUUCUCAGGAAAAUUAUCACUAUACAGAUUUUAAAAAAUUAACAAACUAAGCUCAUUUGGUGCAAAGAUUUUUGUUGUCAGUCUUCUAUCACGAGGGUCAAGAAUCAAUUUUUAAUGAAAGCUUAUUUGAUUAUGGCAAAAAAAGAAAACGUAUCCACUUAUGUGAUUAUUUUUAUUUAUUUUAGCUUAUUUCUUAGCUUGUCUGUAUUCAUUUAGCAGGUAAGGGAUUAGAUAGAGCAGGAAAAUAAGGAAGAGGGAAGGCUGUAGUUUGGAAUUAAGCUCUGGCAGGAUUAUAAUUUCUGUACAUGAGGCCAAACCGGCGCCUCACUGUGUUUAAAUUUUACAUUCAACUUCCUAGUAGAACAUGUCAAAAUCAUACAGUGUUUUAAAUAUGAAAUAUGAUUUUUUUAGGGUAAAUAAAUGAAAAUAGCUAACCACUUAAGCUGUAAUCAUUCUUCAUAAAAUUAUGAGUCAAUAAUAUUUUCUGUGAAACACGUAUCGAGCACUGUUUUCAUGCCUGGAGGAUUGUUGAUUCAGUUUUUCUGAAGAAAUUACCUACAGGCCCUUGAUCUGACAGACUUACUGUAAAAUACACCCACAUAAAAGCGCUGUCAUGGUAAAUAAGAGGUUAAUGGAAAAGACAUCAGAGCAAAGGGAAUCUCCUUUGAAGCACGUCAGAUCAAUUACAAAUGCUGGAAAUUCAGCCUCACUUUUUGUGUGAAUUCAGACGGAUUGGGGAGAAAAAGACAUAUUUAAAAAUCUGUUAUUUUGUUUGUCUGUAUAGGGAUGCUGAGGAGAUACUCCGAGAGAAGGACCUUGGCUGUUACCUGAUCCGUCUCAGUGAAAAAGCCAUUGGAUACAUACUGUCUUAUAAGUGAGUGUUUGGUUGUUUCAGAGUUGCAGAGAGAGCAUGUUUGGAAAUAAACCAAAAUUUUAAGUUUCAAUGUAAGCGUCAAAAUCUCAUUAAAAAUCAAGUUUUCCGGGAAACUUUUAAGCUUUUUGUUUGUAGAUAAUUUCAUCUGUAAAUACUUUUCUGCCUAAAACCACAGAUCUGCUGUUAAAGCUUUGAAAUUCCCAUUGAAAUUAUCAGAACUUUUUGGCCAAAAGAGCAAAUGUCAUUUCAUGUUCCUAGAUAUAUUCAAUAUUUCUGAUUUUGUGAGUCAAAUUAAGUCUGCUCUGAUAAUAGCAUAAAAAGUGACAAGGUUGUAAGAGCUGUUUUAUUUCCUGUUGCAGAGGCAGGGAUCGAUGUCGACAUUUUGUGAUCAACCAAAGUGAAUCGGGGCAGUUUGUAGUCUGUGGAGACACCAGAGGACACGACACGAUCUUUGAUUUGAUCGAGCACUACAAGACCAGCUCCAUUCAGCCGUUUAGAGAGUAUCUGACAUCUUCAUGCUGUGAGGUAAAAAACUACUGAGUCACUUUUUUAUUUGUCAUAACCAAUGUUGAUCUUUGAGGUAAAUCUAACUAGGGUUUUGUUCUCGUAGGCUCUAAAUGAAGGUCUGUAUGAUAUCAUCCAGGUCAGCCCCAAAGAAAAACCUGCAGCUGCUGUCAAAAAUGGGAAAAAACAACACUUACCGUCAGAGCAGCCGCCGUCACGGCCACCAAAAACUGUCAGGACACCAGAGGUCAGUCGGUAUUAUUCAAAGUAAUAAAUAAUCUGAAGUUGUAAAUGUUUAGAUAUGUCCAAACUGACUGGAGGAACCUGUUUUGUUUUUAUUUUAAUGUAGGAGGUACCACCUUUGCCUCGCAGGAGCAGAAACCUCGAUGCUGCGACCCUGAACAACCAGGACAAUGUGUUAUAUGCUCAGCUCAGGAAGCAAUCGCCCAGAGAGAAACCACGAUCUCAACAUUACUCACAGGACAAUAUACAAGCAGAUAAAGACACAAUGAGAGUUAAGUCUCCAUCUGAAUCCAGCUCUGUUUACUACCCGCUCAACUUUCUGGAAAGCAAGAGCAGAUCUCUACCUCUCUUAGACAACAGCUCUGAUGAGGAGAAGUCUUACAGGCUGAGCGCAACUCCACACACACCACCAAGACUUUCCCCAAAGCCUUCCAGACAAGCAGCAUCCUGCAGCCCACAGCAAGAGAGGACGUGUGUGUACAGCAGACCGAACAGCAGUCAUAGUCUGGAGCUCCAGAGUGACAGUGCUGUUUAUCACCUGGCUGGCAGGCCUGGUAGUCCUCACGCUGAGCUGAGGUCACUGACAUCAGUGCAGCACCACGAGUCAGUGUACACUGAGGUCACCGAUGAGGCUCUGCUUUACAGGAAUCCUCACUUUAACACAUACGAGUCGAUAUCAGUCAGUGAUGACCCCGCUCAGCCUGAACCUAACAGCAUCACUUAUGAGCCUCCGAUGGAUAUCAGACCCAAAAGUAGUCACUCCUCCUGCGGUUUAAAGGUCAGUGAAGUCAACGUUUUUGAUUUGAUUCCUUCAGGACUGAAAAAAUGUGUUCACAACAUCAGUUUUCAUCCUAUUUAUACAAGAACCUUUUUUUUCUCUUGUCAUGCAGAAUGAUAAAUGGAAGUGGCUGCUCCCUGACAUCAAGAGAAAGUGGUGAAGACAUGAGGACCGGGACAGAAAGUUCACUAAAAUAACUCUGACACUAAUAUUAUAUCUUUUAAAAGCCUCUUUUCUGAUGACUUGCAUAGGCUUUCAUGUUUAUAGCUAUUUAAAGGACUUUUAUGUAUUUAUUUAAAAAUGAUGAGACCCUUAAGCAAAUGUGUUAAAUGAAAACCAAGGAGUACACUGGAUAUUGACAAAACUCUGAGACAUAAAUAAAGAACUAAUUAUUUCCUGAGUGACCUUUAUUUACUUAUCUUUUUCUUUGCUACUGAGGUGUUUCAAGCAUUAGACAUCAUUAUUUAAAGAUAAGUAACUAUCUAAAAUAAGCUGCACUGUGUUUCACAGCUCAUUUCCGAAACAUUUUCUAGCUUUAAUCCGCUGACAUCAAUGCUGCUCUUUAUUCACAGGAAACUUCAUUUGCAUAAAGUUUUCAAAAGUCAGUGUAAAACGGUUACAGGGAAGUGGGUCAAAGCUCUUUAAAAUGUCACUCCCUCUCUUCUAUCAUGUGCUGCUUUUUCUCUCUUUAUUUAGUCUUCUAGUGGCAUUUACAUAAAACCCCAGUCUGUAAAACUUCUUUGACUUUCUAUGCCCCGGUACAUUUUUAACAGGGAUCUUUUAUUCACUGCAGGAACAACUUAAAUGUUGUGUUGUGUAAAACUUUGACAGCAUGCUGUAAUAAAAUAAGGUGAUUCCCCUGCAGCUGAUGAAGUACAAACUAGGGGUUUGCAAACUAUAAACUCAAAUAAUUAAAGAAUUAAACUAAGAAGG